AUGGCUAAAGACCGAAAACUUCAAAAAUCCUGGACCGAGUGCCCAGGUUAUCGUGAGUAUGGAUGUCACUUCGAAGGAAAGGAUGCGUCAACAUUCAGACUCAACAUCACCAAUGCACUAGGGACACUCAGUGUUGAUGUUCCGGAGUACAGCCCUCUCGAUCAUUUUACUGCCCCUGCGCCUAACAUCACAAGUGUUGUUCCUGUAUCCUCCCAUACAAUGGAUAUCCGAUGGACGCUCUCUGGCUGUAACCUAUACAUUCAGCAUUUUAAGUACAAGUUGACAUAUCAAGAUCGCUCCACAGGGGAGGAGCUAACGCCGGUUAUUAUAAAGUAUGACAGGCAGCAUGCUUUAAUUCUGGAAAAUGCCAAUACAGAAUACUGUUUUCAAAUGACAGCUCGUAAAAGUUCGUCUGACUGGGGGCUGUCAUCUAAGGAAGUGUGCCGUAGAACUCUACCAACAGUGCCCAAUGUAGGCUUUGAGGGAACAGACUACACCACUAUUCAAAGUGAAGAGAGAGAGGAUGAGAGAGAUAUUAUACUAACAUGGAAGCUGAUUAAAACUGACAGUAAACCAUUCCAGGGAGUUAGUCGCUUCGAGUUAGAAGUGAGACGAGACCGAAAAACCAUCGACGACGGGACAGAGGGCAACACUACGAUCAUCUAUGAUCUUGAGGGUCGUAAUGAUUACAGUCUGGAUCUGGACACUUUCAACCACACAAUACAAGGUCUUGCCAGGUAUGAGAACUAUACGAUCACUCUGUUGGCAGUAAACUCAGCUGGAAGAUCUAAAGCUGUAACCCUAAAAGUCGUUGCUAUGGUGGUGAGCAAAGAAGGAAUUUCAGUUUUGAUUAUUGCUGGAGUGUGCGUUCCGCUGGUCGUCCUGCUAAUCUUAGCCCUUCUUGCCUUUGCGUACCAGAGACUUGAGAACAACUCAAAGGACUUACCAAAGCCUGUCUACCGUGACAAUGUGGGCAACGUGAAGCCGACCAAUAUCGAGCGUGAGGUGUUUGAUGAGCUCCCAUCAGUCACGAAGGAGAAGCAGAGACAACUGCUCAUCAGCCUUUCCAGAGAGUCAGCAGACUCUCAGUCAGAAGACAAAGGUUACAGAACAUCCAGUACCAGCACCUCUGGGGUGGAGACAGACACAUCUUCCUUGGAAAGGGGGAAGGUGGAAAAAGUUCCACUUCUCAAGAUGCGCGAGAUGCGGAACUUAGGCGGUAGCAUCGACUCAAGUCCGUAUUCCCUGCUGUCUGAACUCACCCCCUCCCGGCCUCAUCUUCAGAUGGCGCAGGAUGCUGUGGAAACAGAUUUGGACUCGUUUUCGCCCCCGGGAGGACACUAUUCCUCCACGGAUGAGGGGACGUCGGUGGGAGGAAGCAGCUCUUACAACCAGCUCAGUUGCUUCCGGGACACGUCUCAUCCAAAUCCUUACUAUUCAAUGUUCGGGCAGGUUCCAGUGAGGUCUAUUGAGCCAUCGAAUGACUCAGGAUAUGUAGCUGAUGGGAGUCAACAAUGCUCCAAUGUUGGAUAUGACGAUCACCUACUUCGAGCUGACGAUGCGGAUGACGAGUCAAGCCAGCCUUCAACCCCAGCCACUCCGAAUUGUGCCUACUACUCCUCUCUUUCCGAUCGUACUGACCCUGCUGGCCAAGAUAGGUCCUCUGGACCCUACUGUGAUCCGUACGUGAUUGCAGCGGCCAUGCCAAGUUCCCCACCGUUGAGAUUACAGUCUGUAAACCUAGCCACGAUUGAAGAGAGUCCAAACCAUUAUGUACCCCAGGCAGCACCUAGGGUCCCAAAUUCUCAUAACGGCUCGCAGCCCCCCUGGAACUCUGGCUAUGUGGAUAACACUGACAUAUUUAUGGGAAGGCCUUCUAGCCCACAAGAUGAUGCGAGUAUUGACAGUAACCCCUCUUCUUCACAAUCCUCCCCAGAACAUGCUGUCAUCAUCCACACAAACACAAGAAGAAAUCCUGACCCUUCUGGUGAAUACAUGGAUAACACAUACUUUUCCCAUAUGCCCAGUACUCCAUUAAGCAACAGCAGUCUUCCAACAUCAGCGGUCAUUGAUACUCCCAUCGCCAGUCCAGUCAAGAGUAGCCCAAGAACACCUCAAAGCAAUGGGUACGUUGACUGCCCACCUACCUCAAACUCGCCCAGCACCAGACCAAAAGGCAACUCUGGUUACGUCACGUGUGAGCAACUCCAGCAAGUCCAGACGUCUCUACCUCUUGAGGACACCCGCCAAGCCUCUGAACAACCCUUGCAGAGUCCUGCCCAUGUUGGCACAGUCCUGCCAACUCUCUCAAGAAAUGCCAGUGCAUAUGUGCCCAUCACUCAGAUGCCUGUUCCUGUACAAAGUGCUUACAUCCCUGCAGACACUCCUGCUCAAAGACAGGCUUCACAGAUAGAUAGUGGCCCUUCUGGCAUGGACACCAUGUUGCCUCAGUCCUUACCUGCAGCUGAUGUGAACAAUGAACCUACUGAUGGAGAACAGGAACCUUUGCGUGAUGAUCACAGGCAGGUGAAUUCAUCAGGGUACCAGCCACAGGAAGAAAUCCCAAAUACCAAGUUAGAAAGGGUACGAGAGAGUCCUACCCUGAGCAACAGCAAUGAAGGACUUCAGGUCUGUGAUGGCUCUGCACCUUCGCAGGUUGGUCCUAACAGACAUAGAUCAUUACCUUGUGUUAAUAAUGGAGGCUAUGUCAGCAAGGACAUGACAAACUUCCCCUGUAGGACUGAUCCUUCAUUCCCAAUAGAGCUAAAUAACAAUGGAUAUGUACGCAUCAAUUGAACAAAUCGUUCCUGUUUUCACGAAGUGACGGUAGUGAGGAAAAUCUGCAUUCAAAUUGUAUGCGAUUUUCAUUCACUACCGUCACUUCGUGAAAAUAGGGACGAAAUACAGCAGUCACUUUUACUAAGUCACCAAAGAAGUGAACUGAGCAAGAAAAAAUUUUGAUGGAUACAUUCUGUUCUCAAGGAUGCCUACAACAGUUACAUAUCUCAAGGAUGGUGAUGACUGUGAUGACCCAUGGAGG